AUCAGCUCAGUCAGUUCCUCUCCGGAGUCCCAAGUGGCAUCACACGCCCCGCGAAAGUGAUCUCAAGAAAGAAGUCUCGCUCUCUCUCUCUCUCACGUAAAAGUGUCGAUUUUGUGUGGCGGUCACUCAACAUGGCGAAGAUCAUCCUGCUCCUUGCAAUUGUGCUCUGUGCAAUCUGUGUGAUCAGUGCUGACGACCGGAGAAAGUGCGAGCCCAGCAGCGCCUUUAUGAUCGAGUGCAACCGAUGUCGCUGCAAUGCGGAUGGAACACACUUCUGGUGCACGCGAAUGGCUUGCGUGGACUUUCCGCGCUCCAGGCGCCAGACGGCGGCGGAGGAGCCCCGGGCCGCGGACCCGAAGCCCGAGGAGCGCAAGCCGGAGGAGCACGCGGUGAACGGACAGGUGUGCACGCCGGGAGACGUGAAGCACGAGGAUUGCAACCGGUGCAGGUGCGCCAACAAUGGCAUCGGCUGGUGGUGCACGCGCAACGAGUGCCCCUCGCGAAGGAAGAGACACCCACGAAUCCCGUGAAGCUCUGUAAUUAAUGCUAAAUUAAAUAUAAAACCCUCUAAUUGUAAUGGAAAA